AGACAAAGACAUAAAAAUUAGUGUUUUUAUAUUUUGUUUGAUGAUAAAUUAGAAUAAAUUAUAAAAGUUUAAUUUAUUUUUAUUUUUUUAUUCAAAAAUUUUAAAAAAUAUAUAUAAUAAUAAAAAAUAUAAUUAUAAAAUUAACAAGAAUAUCCAAAAGGAGCAUUAACAUAACUGAAACUGGGAGUUGUACAGAUAUGAAUAUUAUUUGUGAUUAUUAUAAAACUACCUUUUAUCUUGAUCGGUACAUAGUUAACAUAACUUUAAUGUGGAAAGGUGUGGAAAACUGGUUCAAGGAUCCAGAGUAUGGUCUUAAGGCCAUUGAUCUCUCAAGAAACAAUCUAAAAGGAGAGAUUCCUUCAGAAAUUGGAAAUCUAACUUCUCUGGAUUCCCUUGACCUAUCAAGAAAUGAUUUGUGUGGUAGAAUUCUUUCAAGUCUGUCCCAAAUUGAUGGGAUUGGUGCGUUAGACUUGUCAUACAACAAUCUGUUUGGAAGAAUUCCAUCAGGGAGACACAUGGAUACCUUUGGAGCCUCUUUCUUUGAAGGAAAUCCUAAUCUGUGUGGUGAGCAACUCCACAAAACUUGUCCAGAAGACAUGACACUAACAAAGCCACAAGAACCAACAACACAUGAUGAUGCAGAUGACAAUUCAGAUUUUUAUGAAGCAUUAUACAUGAGCUUGGGUUUUGGAUUUUUUACGGGCUUUUGUGGCCUUUUAGGGCCAUUACUGUUUUGGAGGCCUUGGAGAAUUGCUUAUCUCAGAUUCUUGAACAAAUGGGCAGACUACAUAUAUGUAAUUGUGGCAUUGAAGAUGUGUAGGUUCCCACAAGUGACUUCAAGAUUGGCAGAAUAUCCACACACAUGAUACUAAUCUGGGAUGGACUCAUUGGGGGUGGUUGCUGCUAGGGCCAAGAUACAUGCAGUGUGUUGGCGUUGUUGGAUUAUAUAUUCAAUAAAAUUUUUAGUUCGUAUAAUCUAUCACUUUUUGCGAUCAAACUUAGUCUGUGGUAUUUUGUAUCUCUAGUUAUCAGAAUAAUGUAAUGGAGUGAUGUACCUCUUCAUAUAUCUUUGUAAGUUGUUUUCAGAAUAAUCUAUUCCUCUUCAAAUAUCUUUAUAAAUAUACUUGAU